AUGUAUUUUGAAGAAAAAAUAACCAAAAUAUGUCUCCAUAAUGCAAUUAUUGGCAGAAAUACUGACAUUAUCAAUGAAUGUUUGAAAACCCAACAUAUUGAUGGAGAUUGCUUCAACUAUGCAAUUAGCUCGCAUAAUAAUUCUUUUCUAAAAUAUAUUUUGGAUCAUGAUCAUGAAAAAAUCUAUUCAUUAGUAACGUUUCAUUUUGAAAAGAUUUUCCAUUCACAAAAUCUUGAAGCUGUUUAUCUUCUAUAUGAAAAAGAUACUAAAUUGAUUUUUCCAUGGUGUGCAGCAUUUCCGCAAACUUAUGAUAUCAUCGAAAUUGAAAUGAAUAAUAUCAAUAUAGAAACGUACCAUUCACAGACGGUGUUACAUUUUGCAGUUCAAUUUAAUUGCAUUGAAAUCUGCGAACUGCUAUUAAAUAAUUUGGAAAUCAAUCAUAUUGAUAUUAAUGCUAUCGAUUGGAAUAAAAAAACUGCCCUAGCAUAUGCUGUGGAGCUUAACUUGAAAGAUAUUGUUGAACUUCUAAUUUCCUAUGGUGCAGAUAUCGAUUUAAAUAGCUGUUCUAAAAAUAUUUUGAAUUAUGCCAUAAAAAAUAAAAAUAGGGAAAUUAUUGAACUUCUUAUUUCAAAUGGUGCAAAUAUUAAUUUUAUUGGUAAUGAUGGAUGUCCUCCUUUAGAAGUUGCAAUGCUGAAUUAUGAUAUUGAAACAGUCGAAUUCCUUAUUAAUUGUGGGGCAAAUGUCAAACUUUUAGAAAUAAAUGAUACAUUUGAGAUAAAUGAAAAUAACAAAAGAAACAGAAUACCUCCAAUUCAAUGUGCAAUAGAUCAACUAUCAUCCGAUUGUACUGAUGAAAAAGAUAAAAUUUCUCUUCAAAAAAUUAUUGAAAUAUUUGUAUCUCAUGGCCUUGAUAUCAAGGCAAAGGAUUCUAAAGGAAAAACUCCUCUUCACUAUGCCAUUCAACUUAAUAAAGCAAAUGCUAUUGAGUUUCUUCUCGCACAAGGUGCUGAUAUAAAUGCAUCAGAUAACGACGGAAAAACUCCUAUGCACUAUUUCGCAGAAAAUAUGAAUAAAAAUAUUUUUGAGAUUCUUAUAUCUAAUGGUGCUGAUAUAAAUGCAAUUGAUAUAUCUGGAAAAACAGCACUUCAUUGUGUAAUAAGAGGAAUUAUUUUUAAAUCCAGAUAUAGUAGUAAGAAAUCUAUUUUGUGUAACAGUGAACAACGUUGUCAAGAAAUUGUUGAGAUUCUUGUAUCUCAUGGUGCUGGGGUCAAUAACAGACAAGAAAAUGGUAAAACCGCUCUUCAUUAUGCAGUAGAACAAAAUUCUAUAAAAAUUGCUGAAUUUUUACUUUCUAAUGGUGCUAAUAUUAACGAAAAUUAUGAAAAUGGAAAAACUUGUCUUCACAGUGCAGUUGCAAUAGACAUAGAGGAAAUGGUUAUAUUUCUAAUUUCUCAUAGAGCAAGUGUCAAUGCAAAAGAUGACUGUGGAAAAACUGCUCUUCAUUAUGCUGUGGAAGAAAACAAUAAAAUCAUGGCAGAAAUACUCAUUCAUCAUGGUGCUGAUGUCACUGCGAAAGAUCAAUGUGGUAAAUCUGUUCUUCAAUAUGCAUAUGAGCAGAAUUGUAAUGAAAUGAUUCAAUUGUUGAUUACACAUGGAGCUGAUUCAAACUGA